GAAGGGUCUCUUUGUUUUAGACUUCUAAUCUUGUUUCAUAUCCCAACAGGCUGUAUAACAUUUUCUCUGCAACCAAACAGGGUGUUAAGAGUUGUACGUGUGCACGAGGAGACCGCCUUUUUGGGAACGUUCCGUUUGAUUGAUUUUGCUUAAAUAUUUGGUUUGGUUGGGCUGACGAUGAGGGAGUUUUUUAUACGGCACAAAUCGAAAGAGAAUCGGAAGGGCUGAGGUGGGAAACUUUCUGUUCAUUGAACCUGGACGGGAUUCGGGGUUCGCUGUGAUAUUCUGCGGGGAUUGGUUGAUAUAUAUUUUAAAAUAUUCCUGAAAUUCAAGGACCAUCGAUCGUGGGUAGCUGAAGUGAUAGCUGAUAUUGGGUAUUCUUGUUUUUCAAAAGGUUGAUUUAUGAAGCGGGGCGACCAUUUCUAGCUAUCAUUGUAUCCUCCACUAUCAAUGGCUUUCGUGAAAAGCGUUUCGAGGCAUUCAGGACUUAUAUAAGGAAGAACUCCACCUUCGUUUCAUGCUCAAGAAGGGUCGGCACUUUCUAAGCCUCGAAUCAUCCAACCCUCCUUUCCCAAGCCUCGUUUGAUUCUGCUGGGGUUCAGUAGUCCUUGUCUGCAAUGGGGCCCCAUUCAACUGAUGAGGUGCCAGAAGCGAAAGAGGACAUUCGUAGCCUGUCAUCCUCACACAGACAUACGACGAACUUGCCGUACAUGCACAAGGUGGGAGUUCCCCCUAAGCAAAAUCUCUUCAAGGAAUUCAAAACCACAGUGAAGGAGACGUUCUUUGCAGAUGAUCCUCUUCGCUCUUUCAAGGAUCAAUCUAAAUCUCGGAAGUUCAUCCUAGGCAUCCAGGCUAUUUUCCCCAUUCUUGAAUGGGGGAGAAGCUACAAUCUAACUAAGUUUAGAGGGGAUCUCAUUGCUGGACUCACCAUUGCAAGUCUCUGCAUUCCUCAGGAUAUCGGGUAUGCAAAACUUGCAUCUUUGGAACCUCAGUAUGGGCUAUACUCCAGCUUCGUUCCUCCACUGAUUUAUGCCUUCAUGGGCAGUUCAAGAGACAUAGCCAUAGGGCCAGUUGCUGUGGUGUCUCUCUUACUAGGAAGUCUGCUUCGGGCAGAGAUUGAUCCCACAGAAAAUCCAGCAGAGUAUCUGCGGCUUGCAUUCACAGCUACAUUUUUUGCUGGGAUCACACAAGCCACACUUGGAUUUUUUAGAUUAGGUUUCUUGAUCGAUUUCUUAUCCCAUGCUGCCAUUGUUGGUUUUAUGGGUGGAGCUGCGAUUACAAUAGCCCUCCAACAGCUUAAAGGUUUUCUUGGCAUCAAGAAUUUCACAAAGGAAACUGAUAUUAUUUCUGUAAUGCAUUCAGUAUGGGGCUCAGUUCAUCACGGGUGGAACUGGCAGACUAUAGUCAUUGGGGCUACCUUUUUGGGUUUUCUUCUAUUUGCUAAGUACAUUGGAAAGAAAAACAAGAAAUUUUUCUGGGUACCUGCAAUUGCUCCAUUGAUAUCAGUUAUUCUGUCUACCUUCUUCGUGUACAUUACCCGUGCAGAUAAGAAAGGUGUUCAAAUUGUGAAACACAUAGAUAAAGGAAUCAAUCCUUCAUCUGCAAGUCAAAUAUAUUUCAGUGGUGUUUAUCUCCUAAAAGGAUUUAAAAUUGGUGUUGUGGCUGGUUUGAUAGCAUUGACGGAAGCCGUGGCAAUUGGCAGAACAUUUGCUUCCAUGAAGGACUAUCAACUGGAUGGAAACAAAGAAAUGGUGGCCCUAGGAGCAAUGAAUAUUGUUGGUUCAAUGACUUCUUGCUAUGUGGCAACAGGUUCCUUCUCUCGUUCAGCAGUAAACUACAUGGCCGGAUGCAGGACUGCAGUCUCUAACAUUGUGAUGUCCUGUGUUGUAUUCCUAACCCUGGAAUUCAUCACACCUCUUUUCAAAUACACCCCAAAUGCCAUUCUUGCUUCCAUCAUUAUAUCUGCUGUGAUUGGCCUAAUUGACUACGAUGCAGCAAUUCUGAUAUGGAAGAUUGAUAAAUUUGAUUUUGUUGCUUGCAUGGGAGCCUUCUUUGGUGUGGUUUUUAAAUCUGUUGAGAUUGGUCUCUUAAUUGCGGUUGCCAUAUCCUUUGCCAAGAUCCUCCUACAAGUUACAAGGCCAAGGACUGCAAUUCUUGGGAAGCUCCCUAGGACAACUGUUUACAGGAACAUCCAACAAUAUCCAGAGGCAACUAAAAUUCCAGGCUUGUUAAUUGUGAGGAUUGAUUCUGCAAUCUACUUCUCCAAUUCUAACUACGUCAAGGAAAGGAUACUGAGAUGGUUGACUGAUGAGGAAGAACACUUGAAAGAAGCCAACCUACCAAGAGUCCAAUUUUUGAUUGUUGAGAUGUCCCCUGUAACUGACAUAGACACCAGUGGCAUCCAUGCAUUGGAAGAGUUACACAGGAGUCUCCUGAAGAGAGAUGUCAAACUGGUUCUGGCAAAUCCUGGGCAAGUGGUUGUCGACAAGCUUCAUGCAUCCAAGUUCGCAGAUGAUAUCGGCGAGGACAAGAUCUUUCUCACGGUUGGAGAUGCUGUCGUAACCUGCUCUCCCAAGUUGGCAGAGGAAGUUUAAGCCCUAAGGUGUUCCAAAAGCAGAAACAAAAGAAAAGAAAAGAAAAAUAAGGCAAUGUGGGUGAGAGAGAGAAAUGAGAUUGGCAUCUGUAAAUAGUGUUGAAGUGAAGAAAGAGGGAGCUCAGGGUCUGAUCCAUGGUGGGUGGAGUCACCAUACAGGUGGUUGAGUGCGUGGAUGGUCCCCCUCUUUUUUCCUCUUCUUUCUUUGCAUCAUUUUCCCUUUCAGCAUAAAAAAUGAAAAAGAAAGAAACCGUUAUUUCUCAAAUUUGGAUCAAAUUUCAGUUGCAUCCCCCACACCCAAAAGCAUCAAAUGUUGCAGAGGUCAUCAAGCCCCAAAAGCUGUCAUCCAAAAAUGUCUACAUUGUAGUAGGACCCAUGAUCAAUAAUUGCAAAUUUUGAUCCUCA